AUGCAAGACAUGGGAUACAAAAAGGGACAAAAUGAUUCGUGUGCCUUAUUCACGUCAUUGGGGAUGUUUAUCAUUGACGACAAUAUCUAUCCUAAAUCUUGGAAUAGGCCCUCUGAGUUAAAUGUCAUUGGGGGUGGAGGAAGUUAUUCAAUCGUUGGGGCCAGAAUAAUUGGUGGGGAACGAUACGGUAAACAAAUAACAGGAAUCAUAGAUAAAGGUAGUGACUUUCCUGAAGAAGUAGAAGCAGAGAUCAAUAAUUGGGAUACUGGGGUAAAAUUUCGCUUGGACAAUUCCAGGUUGACAACUAGGGGUUGUAAUAGAUAUGAUGAAAACAAUGUGAGACAUUUCACUUAUUUAAAUCCCAAGAAAAGAAUUGAACUUGACGACUUAUUACAAGAAGACCUAAUCAAUUCCAAAUGUUUCCAUCUUAUAUGUUCAUUUGAUCGUUGUAAUGAGUUGGUCGAUGGUAUAAAACAAUACAAUGCUCAAGCCAAGAUCAUUUAUGAACCUUUACCUGACGAUUGCAUAUUCGAGAAUUUUGAGAAGAUGAUAACAGUACUUCCAAAAAUAGAUAUUUUUACACCAAACUUGAACGAGGGCAGCCAAUUACUUAAUAAUAGUGAACCGACAACUAUAGAGGGUAUCAAGGAGAUCACGGGAAAGUAUGUGAAAUUAGGUUGUCAAAGGAUUAUCUUGAGAUGUGGCCCCUUAGGCUGUUACAUAGGAUCCCCUCAGAUGCUGAAACAUUUGCCUGCAUAUCACCAAGAUCAGAAGAAUGUAAUUGACGUCACAGGGGGAGGAAAUUCUUUUUGUGGGGGGUUCAUGAUUGGUUUUUACCUAACGAAUGAUCUUGUUAUAGCAGGAAUUUUAGGUAACAUUGCAAGUGGUUGCAUCAUUGAAAAACUUGCUAUGCCAACCAAAAUAGGUAACAUUUGGAAUGGGAAGUCUGUUGAAGAGAGAUUGGAUUGGUAUUUGAACCACUACCAUGUGGAAAUAGAGAGGAAUAAGAUAGACUGGUUAUAG